AUGCCUGUCCUACGACCUCCCUCAAACGACCUGAGACCGUCCGACUUCAGCUACACGCACGGGUACAAUUCGAUCGUGUCCCGCGUGAGGAGAAACCCGGGGUCGGCCACGAGCGGCGUGGUGAUAUUUGCCGGUGUGGACGUGGAAGGAUUGCUAGGAUCUCGAAUACUGUGCUCUUUGCUCAAGAACGACGAUGUUCCUUACCGAUUGAUACCAGUCGGUGGGACAGAAGAGCUCACGGACAAGGUGGUCGACGCGCUGGCCUCGGAUGAGAUUCAUACCCUCUUAAUGAUUUCCCUCGGCUCGCUAUUGACAGUCACGGAAUACUUUGAUAUCCCAAGACACGUCCACUUGCACGUAAUCGACAGUCACCGCCCCUGGAACUUGGGUAAUCUGUACAACAUUGACGAAGAUGAGGACGAAGAAGACGCCCAUGGAAAAGUCUGGAUCUGGGGCGAUGGAGGAGAGUUCAGCGACCCGAUGAAUCUGCUUAAAAAGAGUUUCGACGCGUUGAUAUUCACGCCAGAUUCCGACUCUGACGAUAGUGAAAGUGAGGACGAGGACAAAGAGGAAGACACGGAGGAGGAUGAUGAUGAUGAGGACGAAGAAGGGAUCGGGCGCAAGCGAAAGAACGCAGAAGAUGGCCCUAGUAGAAAACGGCAAAGAGAAGAUGACCGCCCUCGCAAGCUACCAAGAGCAGCCAAGGAAGCACACCAGAAUCGAAUCGCCAACUACUACUCCCACGGUACCUAUUACGGCCAAUCGGUCGCAGUCAGUAUCUACCUGCUGGCCACUGUCCUCGAGCGCGCCGACAACGAUAUCCUGUGGUAUGCGAUCCUCGCAGUCACUCAUCAAUACAUCACUGCUCGUAUCGACCGCGACAGAUACGAAAUGUACCAUUCCAUCUUUCUCGACGAGGUGGUACGUCUGAAUCACGAACCCGACCCGGGCGCGACCAAGACGCCAAACCCCGACAACAAGAAUAUCACCAGGAGCGAGGAGCUCAGAUUCAUGCUGUUCAGGCAUUGGGAUCUGUACAAUUCGAUGCUUCAUAGUGGUUAUGUUGCUGGGCGACUGGGUAUUUGGAAGGAGAAGGGAAGGAGUAAAUUGAAGGGUCUAUUGGCCAAGAUGGGUUACUCGAUCCAGCAGUGCAACCAAACAUGGACACACAUGGACAUGGAGCUUAAACGCCAACUCCCAGAGGUUCUCGAGAGCGUUGGUCCGGAAUAUGGCCUCGUCGAGCUCUCUUACCCUUCCUUUACCCGUGCUUACGGAUUUUCACUCUCCUCACUCUCAGCAGCCGAUGCUGUUGAAGUUAUCUCAUCACUGUUGGACGUUGCUGUGGGUGUUAGACUAGAGGUGGAUAGGGCCGGUGGUAAGGGAGGAGGUGAAUGGUUUGGUGGUACCACGAGGUGGAGUGUUGGAACAAGAGAGGCGGAAGUGGCCGGUGUCCGCAACGACGACGAUGACAAGAAUGAGGAAGAUGGCGAGGAGGGAGAGGCCAAGGACAGGGACUGGCAUGUGACCAAUUUCUGGAUCGCAUAUGAUGCAUGUGACGACAUCGGCCUGAUACGGCGUUCCCUCCCUCUCGCAAUGGCUCUUCACCAAGCAAUCAUCCGCGCAGGCUCUGGCAUCCUGGAGAAGACCGAAGUUCGCCAUCUUCACAACCUCCGACUCGUCAUACUCAAGGAAGGUCCCGACCUGCGCAUAUUCUCUCACCCCUCACCUCUCUCCCGCCUGGCUCUCUGGCUGGUGGACGCGACAAGAGACAGAUGGGUGGAGAAGCUCGCCAAGCGGAGUGCACAUGGAGGCGCAAGGGUGAAGGAUCUGCCGUUUGUGGUAGCCUGUUUGAAUGAGGAGAAGGGGACGUUCACAGUGGUUGGUGUCACGGGAGCGCCAGAGUACGGAGAUGUCAGAAAAAACAAAUUCGGUCUGGCGUUCCAAGAGGCGGCGCAAGAAUCCAAUGCUUCCACGAGUCUCGAUUUGUUCGACACUAGUGCUGUCGAAGUGUCAAAGAAUGACCUCAAAGCCUUCAUCGAACAUCUUCACGUGAGGGCUUAA